UCAUUGGCGGGGCAAGUGAGUGCGACAAACGGUUGCAUUACAUGCGUUUCGUGGAACGAGGGAAGAGAAAUCCGUCGGGGAAAAAGAAUGUAUCGAAUCCCACGCAGAACGACACAACGCCCCAUCCGUGCGCCGGCAGGCUAUUUACGUGGUUCGCCCCUCGAGACUCCCUUUCCCGAAGUUGUUGCUCACUUUUAAACUGAGCCAUCGCGCACUCACCCUCACCUUUUUUUUUUUCUGCCUGCAAGCUUUCUCUUUUUGUGUUCUUUCUGCUUUCGGCGCGCUAAGUUCUAUUUCCGGACGGGCCGAGUCGCCCAGCGCGUCCCGCGAAAAGUGCUCACGAGGGAACGUCGCAGGAUCGAGCAAGCGGCUGCGGAUAGUUUAGGCCUAUACCACCAAGAAGCCGGUGUCAUGCGGCAGCUCAAGCAGGCCGACGUGCAACAAAAGGAGUGGGAGGAUGACCUGCAGCCGCACCAGCGCGACAACACCAAGGAGAGCCAGAUUCUGAUAUGGAUCUGGAACUGCCUCGAGAUGGUCAGCUGCCUCGACUACGACCAGUUCCUCAAAGAUGGUGUGGCUCUCUGCAAGCUGAUGAAUCACGUGCGGCCUGGCUCGGUGACCAUGGAGGAAGUGAGCACCGGCAGCGACUUCCGUCAGAAGCGGCGCAACAUCGAGCUCUUUCUGCGCGCCGCCAAGUCGUACGGCGUCGAGGAGCGCCUGCUGUUCCAGCCCGAGGACCUGCUCUUUCUGCGGCACCUGCCCCGAGUCACCAGGUGCAUCUACGCCCUGGGAAAGCUGGUGGAUCAGGACUCGAGCUACAAGGGUCCCAAGCUGGGCGAGGAGCCCUACGACCCCGUGAACGCGGCGGCCGGUCGCCGUCGUGGAGGCAUGCCCAUCGGCGAUGACAUCUACGUGGCACACGUCAACGUCCGUGACGUCAUCCGCCGGCUGCCUUCAAUGACCGAAGGGGAAGACAUCAUAUCCAUCGGCUGAACUCCGCGCAGGCCACAGUGCUGAAUGCAGUGAAACAUUUGUAACCGGCGACAAAAAGUAAUGAGGGUCGGCUGCAGGGCCUCCAGAACCGGGACUUGUGUGUGUGUGUGGGGGGGGGGGGGGGGGGGAGUUCCACUGAUGAGUCGGGCGCACUUCACUUCGAGGGCUGACCCCCCUCUACCAUAAAAAACUAUUUAGCCUUGAUUUCGCAACAAAGAAAAAGUUUGCGUAAGCCGGAACGAGCCUAAGGUUUCGCGACAACUUUGUGUUACACUUCUAUAAUAAAACUAUUAACUAUGGUGCGGUCUGAUAUUAAAAUUGACAGGUCUGUGUUCUAUAGAGAUACCUUAAAACUGAAGAAACAUAUGUACAGGUGUAAUGUCGUGAUUGUUACAAAGCAGAGAAGUGCGCUCACUGGCCUGGCACUACACUAUUGUUUAAAGUGUCAUGCCAUAUAUCACGGUUCGGGCUCUGGUGUUAAAACAUAGCCUGCAGCUCAAGAAAUGUGUGCACGCAUGUUUUUACAGCUCUCAGUUGUACAGCCGGUGAGAAUAGAAACUAUACGUUCAAGAAUUAAGACAUUUAGUCCAAUGUUCGUUUCAUGUAUGCACACAGUCUGGUGACGUAUAACUCGCUAGAUAGCGACACCUACACUCUGCACAAUUGAGUGCCGUAAACAUCCGCGUGCAAUUUCCGCUGUCCUACAUAAUCACAACAGUGUCCUGCGCUUUCCAGCUUUAAAGUUAUUUUGUGCCCUCUCUCUUUCUGCCUCUGUAUGUCUAAGCAUCUUAGAUGAACUUGCUGUUGGCAUAGUUAAUAACUCAUUCUCGUAAAACAAAUUAGAGUACCAAAAAAAAACACACACGCAUCCACGCACACACCUGCGCAUGCAAUCACUUCAAAAAGACCCCCCCAGACACAGGCGCCUAUGUCUGGCGCCUGUGUCUAUGGGGCCUUCUUCGUUGAGUGCGUCUACGGGUGUGUGCAUAUGUGUGGGUGCGCUUUUUCUUUUCUUACUCUAAUUUGUUUUGCCAGAAUGUCUAAGUAGCUGCAUAUAUAAUGACAUCGCGUUUAGAACCAAUUAAAACAUUUAUCUUUUAAGCCCUU